GCUGCGCAUGCUCAAUAGACACUUGUUCAUGAUGAAGCCGCUACCUAGCUGGGUGAGAUGUGAGGAGAGCGGACGAUUCCACCCACCGAGAAAAUGACAUCAUUUCAACCGUUCAUUUGGGAGACGCCUAGUUAAAAUGUUUGAUAUUCGACCGGAGAAACAUCAUCAAACUGAGUUUAACGUCGUUCUCGCAAUUCUUAGGUUGUAGCGUGCUGUGUCGGGGCCAUGGCGUUGAAGGACAAGCUGGAAGCGGUGCUGAACGUGGGGCUACGGGUCCCCAGCAUCAUGCUGCUGGAGGUACUCUACCGCUGGGAUGUCAGCUCCUUCUUCCAGAAGAUCCAGAGGAGCAGUCUCAACAACAACCCCCUCUUCCAGUACAAGUACCUGGCUCUCUACCUGCACUAUGUAGGUUACAUCCUCAGCCUGGUGCUCCUGACUCUGCCUCGUCAACACCUGGUGAAGCUCUACCUGUACGUGCUCACUGCCCUGCUGCUCUUCGCUGGACACCAAGUCUCCAGGGAUUAUGUCUGCAGUGAGCUGCAUUCUGGGUACGAGGGACCGCUCUACCUGGAGCCACUGUCCAUGAACCGCUUCUCCACCGCCCUCCUAGCUCAGCUGGUGGUGUGCACCCUGUGCUCCUGCGUCAUGCAGACCAAGAGGAUCUGGCUGUUCUCUGCUCACCUGCUCCCCCUGGUGGCCCGUCUCUGUCUGGUUCCCCUGGAGACCAUCGUGUUCAUCAACCGCUUCGCCAUGAUCUUCACGGGCCUCGAGGUCAUCUACUUCCUGGCCUCCAACCUGCUGGUGCCCUACAACCUGGCCAAGACCGCCUACAGGGAGCUGGUGCAGGUGGUGGAGGUAUACGGGCUGCUGGCUCUGGGGAUGUCCUUGUGGAACCAGCUGGUUCUGCCAGUCCUCUUCAUGUGCUUCUGGUUGGUUCUGUUCGCCCUGCAGAUCUACAGCUACUUCAGUAGCCGGGACCAGCCCACCUCCAGAGAGAGGCUGCUCUUCCUGUUCCUCACCAGUAUUGCAGAGUGCUGCAGCACCCCCUACUCCCUGCUGGGCCUGGUCUUCACCGUUUCCUUCGUGGCGCUGGGCGUCCUCACCCUCUGCAAGUUCUACCUGCAGGGCUACCGAGCCUUCAUGAAUGACAACACCAUGCACCGGGGGAUGACAGAGGGCAUCACGUUACUGAUCCUGGCUGUACAGACAGGUCUGAUCGAACUGCAGGUCAUCCACCGAGCCUUCCUCCUGAGUAUCAUCCUCUUCAUCGUGGUGGCCUCCAUCCUACAGUCCAUGCUGGAGAUAGCUGACCCCAUUGUACUGGCACUAGGGGCCUCCCGGGACAAGAGCCUGUGGAAGCACUUCCGGGCCGUGAGCCUGUGCUUGUUCCUGCUGGUCUUCCCAGCCUACAUGGCCUACAUGAUCUGCCAGUUCUUCCUCAUGGACUUCUGGCUCCUCAUCAUCAUCUCCUCCAGCAUCCUCACCUCACUGCAGGUGCUGGGCACCCUGCUUAUCUACAUCCUGUUCAUGGUGGAGGAGGUCCGUAAGGAGCCCGUACAGAACAUGGACGACGUCAUCUACUACGUGAACGGAACCUACCGGCUGCUGGAGUUCCUGGUGGCGCUCGUGGUGGUGGCCUAUGGCGUGUCUGAGACGGUGUUCGGGGAGUGGACGGUGAUGGGCUCCACCAUCAUCUUCAUCCACUCCUACUACAACGUCUGGCUGCGUGCACAGCUGGGCUGGCAGAGCUUCUUGCUGCGCCGAGACGCCGUCAACAAGAUCAAGAGCCUGCCCACCGCCUCUGACCUGCAGCUGGAGAAGUACAACGACAUCUGCUCCAUCUGCUAUCAGGACAUGAAGUCAGCUGUCAUUACUCCCUGCAGCCACUUCUUCCACGCUGGCUGUCUCAAGAAGUGGGUUUAUGUACAGGAGACCUGCCCCCUCUGUCACAAACAGCUGAAGAGCCAAUCACAGCCUGCCAAUGCCACCGCUGCACCCACCCAGGACAUUCUACCAGCCAAUCCCAACCCAGCAGAGGCUGGGCAAGGAGAGCCAGUGGCUGAGGGGGACCAAAGCGUUACUCAGAAUGGUGUUCCAGUUGAAGGGAGCCAAGCCAGCCCCUCUUCCUCCUCUGCUAACCCUAACCUAGAGCUGCGCCCCCAGCAGGCUGACACAGUGGACAGUGUGUAUUUGGAGGGCCAGGUGGCUGGUCUGUCACAGGGCCCGGGGGAGUCUUGUCUCCGGCAUCGCCAGCCCCAGCAGUCUGCCUUCUCACCUGCAGCAGCAUCAUCCACAGCAUGUGGAGCUGAACUCUAGUCAGAUCUACAACGGUCUGCCAGCCUCUGCUGCCUCUGAUCCUCACUCCUGCACACCACCACCUCACACACCACCACCUCACACACCACCACCUCACACACAGCUAAAGACUAAGUGGCCAAUACGUAGAACCAAGAUGGAGGUGGCUGGUUAACUGUUGGACUGACUUCCUGUUGCCACUAUCCAACACCUCCCCCUUAAUGAACUCAUCUAUUUGUUGGCCUGUUUCUUAAAUGUUGGUUUUAAACUCAUUAACAUUUCAUGGUUAUUAAUCCUAUAGGAUUGUAUGAAAUCUGAUGCUGACUUUAGUGCUGUUUGAGUCUGAGAUGCCAUACUGAACAUCAUUACAUUUCACUGUUGAGAAAUAUGCAUCGACUUCUCCCACUUGACGACAAAAUGUGUAAGUAGCCUUGUGCUAGCCAGGAGGACUGAUAGCAGCAGAUCUGUUUCUGUAGCAUGAGGCAGGUUGACUAGACAGGACACUAGUCCAGGGGUCGGCAACCCUGGUUCUGGAGAGCUGCAGGCACUUCAUGUUUCGGUUUAACCAACCUGGAAGGAACAGGUGGGUUGAGUUUAGUCAAUCACUGAACUGAUCAGUUAGCUCAGUUGGUCUGGUGUGCUGCCUCGUUGGAACAACAUCCUGCAGUAGCUGUGAUAGUCCAGGAACAGGGUUGUCUACCCCUCCACUAGUCUAUCGCAGGGCCUUACCCCCAUCGCUCUCUUUAACACGGAGUCCCAAGUAGAUACAAAUCGUGUCCCGUUUCUUCAGUCUUUGGUAGGACUGGGCCGGGAUUGAACUCACAACCUUCCAAUUUCAGGGUGGAAACUCUAAACACAAGGCCACUGAGUUUAUCAACAAAAUGCAGCUUUGAAUUUGACAGUUGCGUUCUACUGUACACCCAUUAAGCAGAGGACAAAACACAGCCACAGCAUUUUGUAGUUUCAUUAACGCUCAUUCAACAUCCCAAUAUAUUCCAAUUGGGCUGUAUUUCACUGCUAAUUAGAAUUACAUUUUAUCAAGGAAUUUGAGCCUCUGUAGAUCACCAACGUUAGAGUUGCCCCCCCCCGGGGCCUGCCCUGGUUGGGCCGGGGGGCCUGCCCUGGUUGGGCCGGGGGGCCUGUUACACAACCUGAAUGUUACCAAGUCCAGGGGCAGGGCAGGCUGGUGUGUAGGUGGAAGACACCAAUGUUCCCCGGGUGUGUUUUAGAUGAAAUGAAUUCAUACUGAAGAGAACAGACACACAUGGCACUUGAUGUAGAAGCUUUAUGCACGCUUAGGCUUGCAUGCAGUCACCGUCCGAUAGCCAUAGGAACUUCUAUUUUCAUGAUAUGUAAUGUAGCCAUUUGCGCUGUCAUUUAUAGCAACGCUCCAAAGUUGUCUUUUUGUCAGGUACCAAAUAUUUUUGGUAUGUAUGAGGAAAAGCCCUAUAUAAAUGUGUGUAUAUAAACAUUUAUAUUGUAUGUGAAGAGGAAUUUUGAUAUGCCUGCUAUUCAGUGUUGAAGCUGCACCCCGCCCCAGUAUGAAGUGAUCAGAGGCUUGCGUGAACACUUUAGUUACCCUCUCGGUAGAAGUGUGAGAGAGCUGAUCACAGAUUGAGGGAGUUGCCAGCGCUGAAUUGACCUAAAACAGUAUUAUUUGUUACAAUUUUGAGAAUGAAUACAUAGUAUUAUGUAUGAUCAAACUUGUCAAACGUUCCAUCAAUUAAUUGGUGGCUUUUGGACAUUUUCUUGAAUCUAUAUUGGGAGAAGCGACUAAGACUGUAUAGUAUUUUACAUACAUCAUGACAUUUGAAGAGGACUUUGAGCAUUUGGAAUGUAAUGUUUCUUUUGACAACUAAAAUAAUGAGCUUUUAGGGCUUCUUUUUUUAAAUAAAAAGAAUGACGACCUCUGAA